GUACCUCCCACAACGUUCGGCGCUCUCAUUAAUAUUUUCCCCCUCCAACGACGUCACGCCCCACACCGAAUCCUCAGAAGGGCCUUGCUUGCCUUUUUUUCUUUUUUUCCUACCCUCACGCUCUCUCAACUUCAUCGGACGCCAUCGUUCCCUUGAACAGCCUCUCCCUUACUUAAUCUCCAAGCGCGUCAGGAAAGAAAAACUCACGAGCGGACGAAGCCACGUCUGCUCUGUUUCCCAGGUCGCACGGUGUCGACGUCCUGCGAUCAGGCAAUAUAAGAGAACUGGAACACGUUCCUUAACGCCGUCGCUCCCUCACGUAUCCCACGGGUGCAACCGAUCUUGUUGAUCGCCGACGAAGACGACACAGCGAUACGAUACAAAGUACUGCCCGUCAUCGUCGCCCUCCGAGUCGUUGCCUCGUUCUGUAGAACGCAAUUAUAAAAAGAGAAAAUAACCUUCAAAAAAAUUGCUUGAAAGUGAAGACGAGACGUCUCCCCGAGUCUUUGGUCGUUGGACGAGAACCCGCCCUGUUCCAAAGCUCGACCUUCGUUCUCUCACCCAUUCUACCCACCUUGCUGCCUCCGUUUGGCAUCCGCAAGGACAUCCAAAACAAAAGACAUCUCUGCUUGAGCAGCCGCAAUCUGUAGGGGAGACAUUCACUUGUUCAUCUCCCGCAUAUUCAGACCUGCUCAGUUUCGGGUUGCAGCUACACAGGCUUUCUGAUCUCUUGUCUUGAUCAUCAUGGAGGGCAUUCAGACGCAUCCGGCAAACGCCGCGCAGGCCAAGGCCUUUACUGCUCCUGGGUCGCUGUCGUUUCCCGGCGCCUCCAACGAGCUCACACCGCCGUCAACCAACCCCGAUGGCAGCCAGCGAAUGGCUCCCAACGGUCAGCAGAGCGCUGCUGGGAAUGGGGUGACUCCUGCUACUCCCGCCGCCACGCCUGCUGCCUCUCAAGGCCCCAGUGGUAUCACACCUACUUUGCAGAACAUCGUGGCAACUGUCAAUCUCGACUGCCGAUUGGACUUGAAGACGAUUGCCCUGCACGCCAGGAACGCCGAGUACAAUCCAAAGCGUUUCGCCGCCGUCAUCAUGCGUAUUCGCGAGCCCAAGACAACAGCCCUCAUCUUCGCCUCUGGCAAGAUGGUUGUCACUGGUGCCAAGUCUGAAGACGACUCCAAACUGGCGUCUCGCAAAUAUGCGCGUAUCAUCCAGAAGCUCGGCUUCAACGCCAAGUUUACGGACUUCAAGAUCCAGAACAUUGUUGGCUCGUGUGACAUCAAGUUCCCCAUCCGUCUGGAGGGUCUUGCUUCUCGUCACCACAACUUCAGCUCCUACGAGCCUGAAUUGUUCCCUGGUCUGAUUUACCGUAUGAUCAAGCCCAAGAUUGUGCUGCUCAUCUUCGUUUCCGGCAAGAUCGUCUUGACCGGUGCGAAAGUGAGAGAGGAGAUUUACCAGGCCUUUGAAAUGAUCUACCCUGUGCUCCAAGAUUUCCGGAAAGUCUGAUUGCGCUCAUGGGCAUGGUUAAGAGAUGAACACCUUCGUCUCGUGUACCAACAUUCAAAUACCCCCCUUUCAAAAACCGACGUAUAUGACUAGACCUUUACACGGUCAUGAUACCACAACUACAUCAUAGGACGUCGUCCGCCCGAGGGUCUUGGUAGGACACAACCGAGUCUCCAUGCGGGAUCCCGCUUGUACCAUUUGAUUUCUGCUUGCAUUGCAUUGGCGUUGGCAAAGGGAGGAAGGCCAGGAAGAGGUUCUUUUGCGUUUUUCUUACGAUGGAUCUGGUUCACGGCAAAAAAAGAACAAAGACUACCCAUCCCGCGACACAACAUAGAUUGCUCGUGGCCGCCCUCGGACCGUUAUCAUCGGAUCCUUGCGGCCUUCUUAAUGCCUUCAAGGGGGGACAAGGUCAAGUUGAAAACUAGACUGAAGGAACGUUGCUGGCGAAUUUGGGGAGAGGGAGGGCAAGCCGGGUGGGAAGCGGCUUGCCUGUGGCGGUGAUGUUGAAGCAGUCCCAUUGACCACUCGUCAUGGAACUGGACAGAUUCUAUGAGGACAUUUUACGCCCUUUGCGGGACGAGAUAUCGUUAGCAGCAAACGCCCUUUUGACCGUUGGGCAAAGGGCGCGCGACUGUCACAAACGCUCAGUCGUAGCUGGUCUUUUGCAGUUAGCAUUAUCACCAAAAAUGCUUUGAUUCUGUCCUCU